UUAUUAAAUAUACACUUUUUUAUUGUUCGUAAAGACUAAAUAUAAUAUUUUGGUCGUACAAGAUAAAAGAACUUGUAUUAGUAAAUAUAAGUAGACUCAGCACGGUAUCUUACAAUAAAUUAAUAUCACUAAAUUUCGUGUUACAGAUUGGCAUGUUUAUAGCGGAAAAAGAUGGCCUCUUCUAUAUUCUCAGCACAGGACAUCAUCAACUGCAGCCUUUGUGAAAAUUCUACCACUCAAUACUGUAAUGACUGUCAAGUUAAUCUUUGUGUCGACUGCGUAAGUGUUCACAUCGCAAUGUUCCAGUCAGCUUCACAUUAUAUUGUUUCUUUCAAGAACAGAGAGGUACAUUUAGUGUAUCCUUUCUGCUUAAUUCAUCUCAGCCACAGAUGCGAGGCAGUGUGUCAACAAUGUCAAACUCAAGUCUGCAUCAAGUGUUGUAUCGACACUCAUAAAAACCACAAUGUUAAAGUAAUUAGUAAAAUUGUUGAAGAAGUAAAAUUCAGAAUUCAAAACGAAACGGAAGAAAUUCAAAAUAAACUCAUUCCAAAUAGUCAGAAGGAAGUUCUUGAUAUCGAGAACAGGAUAAUCAUAUUGACAACUGAAUAUGCAAGGCUAGAACAGGAGAGAAAACGCUUAAGAAAUCUUUGGCUUAAGGAAGUAGAGGACAUCUUUGAUAAAGUUGACUCUUACAUCAUCAAAAUGAAGGAGGAAAGCUUAUCUACUUUAACAGCUCACAAGAAAAAAAUAGAAGAAAUUAUUCCAGACAUGAUAAAAACAGUUGAAGAAAACAAAGAAAUUCUUAAAUCUAACGAAGCAACAAAUACACUUAAUUACAUCUCGAAAAAUGAGGAAUAUGAACAUGCAUAUGUCCCUUUUAAUGCUGAUAUGGAAUAUCCUUCUCUGGUAGCAGACGUUCUUGAAGGGAAUGAACUCAAUAUUAAAAUAGGUCAUCUGAGGGCAACAAUGUCUCAAACAUCAGAACCUGCAGUAAUAGAUGAUGAAUUAUCAACAAAAUUGCAACAGACCUUGAAAAAGUCAAAACUGAUCGUUUCAAUAUCUACUCGGUGUAAACCGUUACAUAGAGUUGCGUGUGUAGAAGAAAAUGAAGCUUGGGUCAGUGGUAAUAACAAAGCGAUAACUCGUCUAGAUGUACACAAGACUGUCAAAGAAACAGUUAUCACAACUUGUCUGCGAUUCACUAACGAUAUAUCAGUAACAACCCAGGGGGAUCUCAUAUAUAGUGAUUACAGAAAUAGGACGGUAAACAUAAUAAGAGAAGGAAAGACAGAGUCAUUAUUAACCACACCUUCAGGUUGGCAUCCAUGCAAUUUAUACGCCACCAAAGCAGGUGAUGUCCUUGUUAAUAUGUCUCGAGGUUUAAAGAAUAAAAUUCAUCGUUACCAAGGAGAGGAAAUUUCUCAGGAAAUUGAAAACACUGAUGACGGAAAGCCUGUUUUUGCAGAAGGAAGUUAUUCUUUAUAUUUGACAGAAAACUCAUACGGAGAUGUAUGCGUCUCAGACUUAAAUGCUCGAAGCGUGAUCUCUGUGGACAGAUCAGGACGUGUUCGAUUUCGUUACGAAGGCGGAACGAGAAAGAGAUCGUUUGAUCCUCAGUGCAUAGUAACAGACUCGCUGAAUCAAAUCAUUGUGACAGAUUACAGCAACGACUGUUUGCACAUGUUAGAUCAGACCGGACAGUUUAUGAGAGUAUUCAACAAUCAUGGUUUGGUCGCACCUUGCGGAUUGAGUAUAGAUAGUGCAGGAAGGUUGUGGGUUGGGUUACUGCACACAGGAAAAAUAAAGGUGAUACAGUAUUUGAAAAACUAGCAACUGAAAAGUAAGAAAAGGUAAAUCAGGAACCUACAAUGUACCAGAGAGCUGUAUGCAAAUGCACUGUAAAUAUCCCCGUUUUUCGUAAACGUCUGAUUGCAGUGUUUUG